AGACUAACUUAAAUCAGAUGAAUUGAGCCUUGAAUUUUGCUUAUUUUUAUUUGUGUUUUUAUCGAAUUUUACUUGAAAAAUAAAAAACAAAAUGGAUUAUAAUGCAUCAUUUGCGAUGUCCCCGAAAUUGAUUCAUGUAGGAAGUUCCUGUUUUCGAAGAUUAGACUGUGAUCCUGAUGGAAUUAUCGAAAAUUUAACUAUCAAUCAUCGUACAAUUGCAUCUAAAAAUAUAAUUUCUCAGUCAGGACAUGGUCACACGAAAAAUUAUUCUAUCGAUCAACUUGAAAGCGAUGAUUGUAUCGUUUCAGCAAUUAAUAAUGAUGACGGAGAUUAUCAAUUUGGUGAUGGCGAAGGAUUGCGUUUUGAUGAAAAAUCUAAACGAUUCAUAUUGACAUUGCAUCUAUGUAAUACUUUUUUUGGUUACUUGAUUGGUAAAAAAGGUCAAACCAAGAUGAAUAUUGAAUCCGAAACUAUGACUUCUUUGAAGAUACCAAAAUUGAACCAAAAUGACAGCCAAAAUUAUAUUCAAGUUCAAGGCGUGAACAAAUCGAAUGUGUUGCAAGCUUUUAAACGUAUUCGAGAUUUAGAACAUAGUUCUCGUUUGAAGCAAUCGUUAACACAUUUUAUCUCCAUACCAUUAUCAUUUAAACCAGAAAUCAAGAAGCAAUUUCUUAAUUUCAAAACGGCAAUUCUUUCUGAUCCAAAAUUAUCAAUUACCAAAUCCAUUGAUGAAUCAGUAUUUCAAUCGGAGCACAGAUUGCAUUUAACAUUGCGUAUUUUAUAUCUUGGUGAUUCAUAUGAAAAAAAGAAAGCCAUGAAAUAUUUAGACAAUUUUUAUCAAUCAUAUUUACAACCUUUUCUGGUGGAACAUCAAUCACCAAUAAUAUUACAAAUGAAAGGAAUAGACAUUAUGAAUGAUGAUCCUUCCGAAGCUAAUGUUGUUUAUGCAAAAGUGUUUGAAGUUGGUCAACAAGAUUUAUUUCGUCAGAUUGUCAACAAACUCUAUGAUUGUUUCAGUCGAUCAGGUUUAGAAUGUGAAGCAGAUCGUUAUGAAUUGAAUAACGAAUGGAAAGUCAAAAUUCAUUGCACAUUGAUGAAUACACGAUAUCGUGAUAAAAAUGAUCAACAUGAUGGAAAGGAACGAAAAUCUCGAUCAAAAAUGAAUGUUGGUAAUAUUCUGGAAAAAUUCGCUGACUAUGAUUUUGGUCUUGUACGAUUGAGCGAGAUACAUUUAUCGGCAGUGGAUUUUUAUGAUGAACGAAAUCAUUAUUAUUUACCAUUAAAUAAAAUUUAUUUCUAAAAAACGGAACUUAUGUUUGUAAAAACGCAAAAACGUGAAGAAAAUAUCAUUGCUCAAAACUGAAA